AUGUCUAGCUCAUUAUUAUCUUUUGAAAUUUUCACCCCAUUAUAUAACCUUUUGAAGGCGUCUCCCUUGGAUAAAAUAACCAUUUCGAAUAUAAUCACACAACAAUGGAAUUGUUUCAAAGUUCAAACAGAAGAAGAAGAUAUCGAAUGCCUCAUGAAAAUCCUAAAAGAAAUGGACAAUGAAAAUAUCAAUGAAGAAUGUAGGGGGUAUCUUAAAUCGUUACAAAAUAAUGAUCAGAUGCGAUUUAUUAGAACCGAGUUAGUAUCAUUAAAAGAUAUGGGGUUUUUACGAGGAAAAUUUGAAGAAGAUGUGAAUUGGAAAGCUUUAGCCUUAAAUAGUAUAUCGCUAUUGAAAGAUAAAAUCAAGAAGGGAGAAAUGUCAGCACAUGAACAUAUUUUCACAAGAGUAAGCAAUAUAGAUGUAGAUAAUUUAUCAAAUGAUGAUCCAUUAUGUAUUGGAAUCAUCGAUCUUAGUUCAGAUAAAUAUAAUAUUGCAGAAAGUGAUUUCAAAUCCCUCGUUGGAGAGAAGGCUAACAUAAGAAAUCUAAGUAAAGAUAUUGCUGUAAAGAAUAUUUGCUAUGAUUUUAUAUCAAAGAGAAACGAGGUGCAUAAAUGGCAGAAAUUUGUACUGUCUUCAAGAGAAGUUGUAACGCAUGAUCAAUGGGUUGAAGAUGAUUACACUAGGAAACAUAUAACAAGUGAAAUUACUAACGUUCUUUUACAGGAAAUUAAGUUGGAUACGCUUCAAAGAGUUUCUAGGGGUUCAGAAAAUACAUUAGUGGAGAUCAUUGCUUGUUUAAUAGAUACGGCUAUGUAUCAUUUACCUGUGGAUUUUGAGGUUGAAGUUACCAGGUCUGAACGACAAAGUAUAGCCAGUAAAAACCGGAAAGUUCAGCAAAGAAGCGGAUCGAGAGGUGAUAAACCUGAUAUUAUGAUUCAUGCUUAUCUUCGUCAGAAAUGGGAAGAAAUUGUAUUCUUUGAAAGUGGAAAAUGGGAUUCCAAUGAUGACAAGAUUAAUCAUGAUCAUAAUAAAUUGGUGCAACUCUAUUUAGAUGGAUCUAAGGAACUUGUAAAGAGAUGCACAAAAGAAGCUUUUUAUAGAAAUUAUAUAGGAUUCUGCGUCAAUAUCGCAGAAGAACAGAUUUCCAAGCUUGUAGCUGAGAAUAAUAUACUUAGGCAGGAAAAUACCGAAAUCAAGUCUGAGAACGUAAAAUUAAAACAAGCUUUGGAAGAACAUGAAUCCAGAUUUAAAAAACUGGAGCAGAAUGAUAAAAAUACUACUACUGAAAAUGCUGAACUUAAAGCUAGAGUUGCGAAAUUGGAGCAGAGGCAGUUGCAAAACGAUGAAAAGAAUGAUUUUAUUGCUAAAUCAGAUGGUGAUAUUAGGGAAAUCAAGCAACAUUUAGUCUGCGAAACAGGGUGCUUUGCACCUAAUAUCACAUCUACCAAAACAGAAAAUUCUAACAAUACUCAUGAUACUCCUGCAUCUGAUAUAACUGAUAAAGCUUUAGGUUCUGAUGCAUGCCAGGAGACGAAGACUAAAUCAUCAGAGGACAAGCUGAGGGAUCAAGAGUUGCUCUCAACUCCCAAGAAUACUAUUCCUAAUAUUUAUCAGAUUUCUGAAUCUAAAUCGUCUAUUAUCUCUUCAUCCAAUCAGGAACAAAGUGCUAUUUCUUCCGAAAUAAAAAUUCCCUAUAAUCAAAAAGUAGAACAAGGUUUAAUGCAUGAAUUAUCUGAAUUUAUUGAUGAGAAGAGCCUUUCAAAUUCUAUAUCUGAUAAACGAAUUACUGAAAAUAUGCUAGAUGAAAAUGAUCUAGUUCUGGGUUCUGCAUCAUAUUUAGCUCAUUUAUUUGACAAGGCUAAAAAAACCGGUCAGAAAGAAAUUUUGUGUUGGUAUUAUUAUUGUGAGGAAUUUGAAAAGAAGGUCAGAGAUAUUAGCUCAAAAAAUGAAAUUAACGAUCAAAUGGCAAGAACACAGAUUUACAAUGAAAUGGAACCAUAUCUUCCUGGUAUCAAGAGAGAGUAUUUACGUAAGAAGACUCAAAAGGCUAGAAAUAUUUAUACAUUGUUUAAAGAAAUAGGAAUAGAUAAAAUCAAGCAAAUUACAUAUAGCGCUGAUGCUAUUUCUAGUUUAACAGGUGUUCAAAUCCAAAAUAUUAUAAAUCGUUUUCCAAAAAAGAAUGCACACGUGAUUGAACCAUCUAUCUCAAAUGAUUCAGAAAAAUUACUAGAAACUGAGGUAAGUGCAUCGUCUAAUCCAACUCGUGAUUGUGCUUAUUUCCGUAAUAAAACAUUAAAACAAUAUCCUAAUUUAUGUCAAGAAGGUAGUGAUGGAAACAAUGAUUAUUAUGGGAUUACAGAUGAAUCUUUAUGCCCUAUAUGCAAGUCAGAUCAUUAUGAGGAUAAAGGUAUAGAAGGCAGAUAUAAAUGUGGAUCCUAUUUUAUUAAAUGUGAACAGCGUGGAAUUAAAAUCGAGAUAACAGCAUAA